AUGUGGAGGGUUUCGUCAAGUCACUAUCCACCCAAGCCUCGUGGUACUCGGCGUGGCUGGUCGGGUGUCAGACAACAUGAGAACAGACAAGACUCAGUUAUCAAAUCCCCAGCACCCCCAUAUGGUCCUCUACUGGUAGAAAUUAGCAAUACCAAACUUGAAAGGUCAGAGGAAUGCCCCCAAAUCACAGACUGCGAGGAUGUCAGUUCAUACACAUGGCUGGGUCAAGCUGCACCAUCAAUUCUCAUACCCGUAAUGGAGGUCAAUCUACAAGGCGGACCGCCCAUCUGGACCCCUGGAACUGAAGACCGCCAGCUGGAACCCGAUCGGGGGGAGUAUUUUCGUGACCCUAAUGCGGCCAGGUAUCCUUCGUAUCCGUGGCAGGCUGCGUUCGAGGCAAUCAGCAGAGAGAGUCCGGACUAUGAUCUCGCCAAUACUGAUAUAGUGGCCUGCUCCAGUACACUCGGGAAUCUCACCCGGUUUGCUCGAGGGGUCGACAAAGACUACAGGUUCAUAAUGGAACUGGUUGGAGACAGCGUGUUCUUCGUCCGAAGAGAGAAUUCACCCACAGAUUUGAUACCGGAUGUCCGUGGUUACGGUCAUACAUUCCUGGACCAAUAUAAAACGUGGGGGCCGGGGCUUGCUGGCUCCGAGUCACACCAGCGGAUAAUAAAGUAUACCUUUAGAGGCCUACAUCUUCUUGUUCGGUUCGAAUCGGAUGGCUAUAUUCCAAAAGACCCCCAAGAAAGUUUAUCCAGUAACCAAGAAACAGGCAGAAGCAGCUCAUCUGGAGAUGGGGACACCAACAUUGAUAGCCUGGUAGCAAGGCUUGAAGGAGACCACGGGCGCGAUCCUGUUGAUGACUCCGGAAGGCUUAAGAUUCAUGAGAGUGGGCGACAGAUAGGCCAGAGCGAUAUUAUCAAUAUCAAAACUCGGUCGAUGGUUGACUUCAAGACAGGGGCAAUCAAAAAAGAAAUUGACAUGACAGACCUGACCCCUCGUCUGUGGGUGUCCCAGAUCCCGACCCUGAUUGUGGCAUAUCAUAACCGCGGCCUGUUUGACGAUAUCCGGGUACAGGACAUGCGAGACGAAAUAACUCGCUGGGAACAAGAAAAUGACAAGAUGCUGAGGCGAGUUGCUUCGUUGCUACACGAGCUGAUGCACUAUGCAAAAAGUUCAAAGACUAGGCUUGAAGUCUGUCGGUCCGGUGCAGGGCCUAUCCAAAUACGACGAGUCACGGGUGAUAGCCCUAUGGCUCUAGCGCCAGAAACGAAGGCAAAGUGGAGAGGAAGAGAUAGUCCGGACGGAUCCAACCACACCUGCAUAUUAUCGCGUGACAAUAACUAUUCAACCCAGCUAAUUGAAUCCGAUAAUUCAGACCCGGAGUCUGGUUAUGAUGCGAGGGACUAG